UGGAGAGUGUGUGAACUUGCCGUAGCCAGGGCAGCCAUUCUGAGCUUUUAUCUCUUUUAGGCAGGAGUUUCCCACCUCAUCUUCUCGUGAGAAAGUCUGUUUUGGGAGCCGACCAUGUCUGGAGAGAAGAAGCUUAAGAAGAAGCCUGAUAGGGAAUCCACACUGACCAGUGGAUCAGAGGCCAAGCCGAAGAAGACCAAAGUUAAGAAGAGUGAGCAAGCUUCAGGAGAGGAGAGCACCCCAUCUAAAAAUGGAAAGAAGGUGAAAAAAAAGAAAACUGAGAAGGAGAAGGACAAACCGGAAACAACUGAAAAGGAAGUAAAGAAGAAAGUCAAAAGUGCUCCUAAAAAGAAGAAAAGCUCCGACAAUGAAGAUGACAGUGAGGAUGAGGGUGAGGUUCCUCAGAAGAAGACCAAGAAAAAAGCCUCCAAAGAAAGUGACCCUUCCGAUGCCAAAGACAAGAAGUCCAAAACACAAGACAACAAAAGUGAGAGUAAAAGUGAUGCCAAAGGAAAGGCAGACAAGUCUAAAAAGAAGGAGCCAGCCUCCAUGUUCCAGAUCAAUGGUAAUAAGCCUGACUUUGUCACCAAGAAGAAAACCUUUAAGGCAGAGAGUGAGGACAGUGAGAGUGAACCUGAGACUAAACCCAGUAAGAACAAGAAGAAGCCUGCAUCCAGUCCGGCCUCCAUGUUUCAGACUGGAGAGAAGAAGGAGAAAGAGAAGAAAGGGAAGAAGAAAGGAAAGGCAGAGGACAGUGAUGAGGAGGAUGUGGAAGUGACAAAAAAAAAGAAAGGCAAAGGAAAGAAGAAGGAGGAGGAACGCCCCCCAUCGCCAGAAAUCGAGUUUGACAAUCUGGAGGAGUUUGUCCUGCAGCCUGCCCCCCAGGGCAGAACCGUGAGGUGCAAAGUAACGAGGGAUAAAAGAGGGAUGGACCGUGGCUUCUUCCCAACCUACUACCUUCAUCUGGACACUAACAAGAAGGCAUCAAAAGAAACAGAGGUAUUUCUACUAGCAGGGAGGAAGCGGAAGAAAAGCACCACCUCCAACUACCUCAUCUCCAUCGAUGCCACGGAUCUCUCCAGGGGAGGAGAGAACUAUGUAGGCAAAUUGAGAUCGAAUCUAAUGGGAACCAAGUUCACAGUGUUUGACAAUGGCCUGAAUCCAGACAGAGCUCUCAGAGACAUUUCUAAUGCUAGGCAGGAGCUGGCAGCCAUCAUAUACGAGACUAAUGUCCUGGGUUUCAAAGGCCCCCGAAAGAUGUCUGUUAUUAUCCCCGGGAUGGACGAUGACAGUGAGAGAGUUCCCAUUCGAGCUUGGAGUGAUAAUGAGGGUCUUCUGAUGCGCUAUCAGAACAGACAGAUGGAGAACCUUAUUGAGCUGCACAACAAGACACCGAUGUGGAACGACAACACAGCUUCCUACAUGCUCAACUUUAACGGACGUGUCACGCAAGCCUCCGUCAAGAACUUCCAGAUUGUCCACAGCAAAGACAAUAGUUACAUAGUGAUGCAGUUUGGACGUGUGGCGGACGACACAUUUACUCUGGACUACAAGUACCCCAUGUGUGCUGUCCAGGCCUUUGCCCUUGCCCUCUCCAGCUUCGAUGGCAAACUGGCAUGUGAAUAACAGCUCCAUCAUUUCUUCUGGAAGUGCUGAAACUAUUCACUCACAUCCGCCAUUACUGGUGGGGGGUAAGAGGGUUUCAAUGCUCUAUUCUCCCACACACAGUUGCUUCGAGCCUGUAUCAAUGAACUGGAUCUAUGGAGGCCUUUGCGUGCUCAUACCUGUAUGUGGUGAAACUUCAAGACGCUGUGCGUGUCAUACACACAUACAUGUCCUACAUGGAUUCCAAACAUGUCAAGUCUUUAACAAGCAAUGUUGGUGGUGGGCAUGAAUGGCUCUAGAUGACAGCAGGAUGUUAAAGUCAAACUUAACGAUUUAUUAGUCCUGUGUAACACACUCCAUCUUAGCUUCAUAUCCGCUCAAUGCUGCAACUCUGGAAGAUGGCACUUGAAGGACCAUGACAAGUGUUCAUACAACACUGGCAACACUCCAUACUGGCAGUAGUAUAUAGUGGCUCUAUCAAUUUUGCCACAGAGACAGAAAAAUUGAGGAUUCCCAUUCUCAUACUUUUAUUUGUUGUUAUUUUUGUUUAUUAUGCAUCAGAAGCUGAUGGUUCUAUGUUUAUCUUGUGUAAAAAUAUGAGAUUUAUCUUCUUUUACCAUUUAUUGAUUUAUGUUGACAUACAAGGUCGUGAUUAAUUGUAUCAAUCAAUAACUAGAUUUAGACCUUACUACCAAUGUGUGGUGAUGACUAUUUGUUUAUUAUUUUUUGGUCUUGACUUUUCAUAUGUUUUGUUAUAGUCUGUUAUAGUCUUUUCUUUGUUUUGUUGCGUCAAAAUUUAGAUUUUUAAGUAUGGAAGGUGUGCAUGUCUUUUCACAUAUGAGUAGGUGUUCUGGAAAAUGACUCAGGGGUUGGGCUUGCAUCAUUAUG